AUGGCGUAUGCAUUUCCGCUCCCCUCUGAGCACGGGGAGCUACAACACCAUCAAGGGUAUGUCGCAGCCGCUCCCAGCAAGGAAGCUGCCGGAGCUUUCACUUUUGAUCGAGUGUUUGAUAUGAACUCUCGCCAAAGUGAUGUCUUCGAAUUCUCCAUUAAACAUACCGUCGAUGAUAUUUUAAACGGUUACAACGGAACGGUCUUUGCCUACGGGCAGACGGGUGCGGGAAAAUCGUAUACCAUGAUGGGCGGAGAUAUUGACAAUGACGUUUCGAAGGGUAUUAUUCCACGAAUUGUGGAGCAGAUUUUUGCGUCCAUUUUAACCUCGCCGGGAAACAUUGAGUAUACUGUUCGAGUGUCGUACAUGGAAAUCUAUAUGGAGAGAAUUCGUGAUUUGCUGAACCCGGUUAACGAUAAUCUACCUGUGCACGAGGAGAAGAAUCGCGGAGUAUAUGUGAAGGGACUACUCGAAAUUUACGUUUCCAGUGUUCAAGAGGUCUACGAAGUUAUGAGACGGGGUGGUUCAGCAAGAGCAGUAGCGGCAACGAACAUGAAUCAAGAAUCUUCUCGAUCACAUUCUAUAUUCGUCAUCCAAAUCAAUCAGAAGAAUGUUGAGACCGGGUCGCAGAAAGCAGGUUACCUGUACUUGGUCGAUCUUGCGGGUUCUGAAAAGGUUGGGAAAACAGGUGCUUCCGGACAGACACUUGAGGAGGCAAAGAAAAUCAACAAGUCUCUAUCGGCUUUAGGAAUGGUUAUUAAUGCCUUGACGGACGGAAGAUCGACUCACGUACCCUAUCGUGACUCGAAGCUUACCCGUAUUUUGCAAGAGUCUUUGGGUGGUAAUUCACGUACUACUCUCAUUAUCAACUGCUCGCCCUCUUCUUACAAUGACGACGAAACACUAUCUACCCUUCGUUUCGGUAUGCGGGCCAAAUCCAUUAAGAAUAAGGCGAAAAUCAAUGCGGAAUUAUCACCGGCAGAGCUUAAAGCUUUACUUAAAAAAGCACAACAUCAAAACCUCACUUAUACAGAGUAUAUCGAAUCAUUGGAGGGUGAGGUGAUAACUUGGCGACAAGGGGAGGCGGUUCCAAAGGAAAGAUGGGUUCCUCCACUAAAAGUAGAAUUGCCGAAAAGGGCAGAGGCCAAAGGUCGCCCAGGACGACCGGAUACACCUUCGAAGCUUGCUACUUCGGAAUCUCAAGCUCCAUCACGGCCUGAUAGUCGUAUUGAUGUUAGAUCUUCUACCCCGAUAACCCUCGACAAAGAUGAGAGAGAUGAGUUUUUAAGAAGGGAAAACGAAUUGCAAGAUCAGUUAGCAGACAAAGAAUCGCAGUUGGCGGCCACUGAUAAGACACUAAGUGAUCUUAAAGAGGAAUUGGCCUUCCUGAAGGAGCAUGAUUCCAAGACCGGUAAAGACAACGAAAAAUUGGCCGGGGAGGUCAACGAGCUAAAGAUGCAGUUGGAAAAGGUUUCUUUCGAGAGUAAAGAAGCACAGAUCACCAUGGAUGGACUGAAGGAGGCUAACGCUGAAUUAACUGCUGAAUUGGAUGAGGUCAAGCAACAUCUUCUGGACGUCAAGAUGUCGACAAAGGAGACGUCAGCGAUGUUGGAUGAGAAGGAGAAAAGGAAAGCAGAGAGAAUGGCUAAGAUGAUGGCAGGAUUUGAUCUUGGUGGGGAUGUCUUUUCUGAUAAAGAGCGCAUGAUUCGGGAAGUCAUCGAGAGAUUAGAUCUUCUGGAAGAAAACUCAGCUUCCGGCGAAGAGAUAACGAGAGACGAUUUGAAAGAAUUGCGUGCCAAGCUCCUUGAGACUCAAGGGAUCAUACGACAGGCAGAGCUUUCACUCAACGAGCGUUCAGAUGAGCAAGAAAUAGCGCAUAGACGUAGAGAAGAGUUAGAGAAGAGGCUCUUGGCAGUCGAGAGGGAAUACGAAGAGCUGCUCGAAAAGAAUUUGACAGACGAUGACAUUGCAGACGUCAAAGGUAAAUUAGAACAGGCGUACCUCAGCAAACAGAGCGUUGAGGUGCAAAUGCUAGAGGAUUUGAAGAGGGAGGUAGCAAAGAAGAGUGAGGACAAUGAAAAAUUGAAGGCAUCAGUGGAGGAAUUACAAAGGAGAGCGAAGUCAGGUGGAGCGCCCAAUGGUUCUUUGGCUGCUCUUCCAAACGGAAAAACUGUGGCACAGCAGAUUGCAGAGUUCGACACUAUGAAGAAGUCACUUAUGCGUGACCUUCAAAACCGAUGUGAAAGGGUUGUCGAGCUAGAAAUCAGUCUUGACGAGACGCGGGAGCAAUACAACAACGUACUCCGGUCGUCAAAUAACCGUGCGCAGCAAAAGAAGAUGGCGUUCUUAGAGCGAAACUUGGAGCAACUCACACAUGUUCAAAGGCAGCUUGUUGAACAGAAUAGCAGCCUCAAGAAGGAGGUUGCUAUCGCCGAGCGAAAGCUUAUUGCACGUAAUGAGCGGAUACAAAGCUUGGAAAGCCUUCUCCAAGACUCCCAAGAGAAGUUGACGGCAGCUAAUCAUCGGUUCGAGGCUCAACUCACAGCUGUCAAAGAACGAUUAGAAGCUGCCAAGGUCGGCACACGAGGCCUUGGCAACGCUUCAAGUUUCAGUCUGCAAGGCUCCCGUAUCGCCAAGCCACUACGAGGCGGUGGAGGGGGUGAUGCGAACGGCUCGGUCCCUGUACUCUCAGGAGUUCAAGGCUCAGCGGCCCAGCAAGAAACCCAACAGCCCAAAAGAUCGUCAUGGUUUUUUGACAGGAAAUGA